AUGUCAGCCCAAUACUAUCCUCGUGAGUUGCUCAUUUACCCCCACCAAACGAACUUCGUGCUGAUAAUUCUCACAGCUCCGCCAUCGGGAGGCCAUCCGCAGCAGAACUACCCUCCGCCACCGCAAUCACCUCCUGCGCUCCAGACCAAGUUCUCCUAUCCCUCUCCUCCCUCACAACCGCAGCACGCCCACAGCGGAAGUUAUCCUCCACCACCUCAGCCAACUCAAGGGCAGCCACAAAACUACCCUCCUCCACCCAUCACUUCGCCGACAGCACAGAACUUCCCUCCUCCCCAAUCAGCCUCGCCUCAGAACUACCCACCACCCCCUCAAGCGUCGUCGGGGCAACAUGCGAACUACCCUCCCCCUCCUCCGCAGGCAUCACCGAAUCAGGGUCGAAGCUAUCCACCACCUCCCCAAGGAAACCCAUCGCCUGCGCAGGGUCAGCUUCAAUACCCACCGCCUCCCGGCCUCGCUCAGCAGCAACAGCCUCAGGCGCAGUCGCCCCAGCCAUCUCCUCAGCCCCAGCAAUAUCAGCAGACGCAGCUUCAAUUAAGAAACUCGGUAGAGUCGUCUCAGCUCUCUACGCCGCCCCCAGUUUUUGAUGGCCCUCGAGAAGUUGCCGCCCUGCCAGAGAAGCAAUAUGUCCCAGAGACGCCGGUUGACACCAGCAACCCCUCCAACCUUGUGGGAGGCGCGCCGGCUGCUUCGCAUUUCCUGGGAGCCACUGCGACAGUGGACGACGUUGGCACGUUCAACGGUGGCAGCUACCGCAUUAGUCAUCGAGACAGCAAUACUAUCCUCACCGUCCAGUUGGCCGUGGGAUGCCCGUUGCAAGCCAAGCCAGGUGUCUUGGUGGCUAUGUCACACUCAGUCACGCUCAGGGGCCAGCUCAAGUUCAGUAUGAAGAAGCUCGUUGCGGGCGCUGAACUGGCUAGCUCUACCUUUGUGGGCCCCGGUGAGCUUCUCCUGGCUCCGCCCAUGCUCGGCGACAUAACAAGUCUUCGCCUUACUGGCAAGGAAACAUGGUCAGUCGGCCAGGAUGCGUACUUGGCCUCCACCCAGGGCAUCAUCAAGGACUACAAGCGCCAAGGCCUCAGCAAGGCCAUUUUCAGUGGCGAAGGUUUGUACGUGUACAAGAUGAGCGGUACUGGCCUCCUCUGGCUCACCAGUUUUGGCGCCAUCAUCCGCAAGGAUCUUGCGGAGGGCGAAAAGUAUGUCGUCGACAACGGUCACUUAGUGGCAUGGAAUGUCAAGUACAUUAUGGAGCGAGUAGCUUCUGGCGGUAUCAUUUCUGGUAUUUCAUCAGGAGAGGGUCUCGUAUGCAAGUUCACCGGCCCCGGAACCGUGUUCAUGCAAACGAGAAACGCUGUAAGUUUUCUUCGUAUGCAGUUCGAUAAGCAUGACUUUGCUGAUACAGUGUGCCACAGAGGCAUUUCUCUGCCUAUCUCUCGGGCCAGCAGAACCAGUCGGUCUAGUUGGACGAGUGGUUUGGCAAUCAGUGUUGGUAUUUGGAGCAGUAGCGAUACGAUAGUACAAAAUUAUCUGGAGGAGAAGCAAUACGAUAUGAUCUGGCAAUCAUCAAAUCAUGAUAUCGUUACAUAUAGCGAGCUAAAAUUGAUAUCCGAGAACAUCCCAAACUCUUAUACACUAGAUUCAGCUUUCUUGAGCGAACAAUCAUGUAUUCUUUAA